CGUUGUAGUCUAGUUGGUCAGGAUAUUCGGCUCUCACCCGAAAGACCCGGGUUCAAGUCCCGGCAACGGAAAAAUCGUUUUUCCGUUUUGAUUUUCAAGAUCCGGCGAAGUAUAAACAAUCGUUGCAUCAAUCGGACCUUAAUCUUUGAGUAAGAGUUGUAAACUCAAUCCUUUUGUUUUCUCACUGCAAAGUUGCCAACCAUGGCAAAUCUUAGAAACACAAAACCACAACCGUGGUUGGUGUGCAAAAUUUUCCCACCAACCAAACACCAAACCGGCCCGCUCUCCACCUUCACAAUCCAAAACCCUCAUUCCAAUCCAAACAAAGAAGCUCUUCCCGCCAACUUCCCCUCCUGCCCACCACAACAAACCCACUUGGCGUCAACCAGUAACAGUUUCUGCAAUCAAUCUAAACCGUUUGAUCAACGUGAGUUUGGUGAUGUCAUUAAGUCAAAUAAGAUGAUCACCAGCUACAUUCGAGCUGGAGAUUUAGAUUCUGCUCUUGGGGUGUUCGAGAAGAUGACGGUAAGGACGACAGUUACUUGGAAUUCGAUUUUAUCCGGGUAUGCGAAAACACCGGGGAAAAUGAAAGAAGCCUGUGAGGUGUUCGAGAAAUGUCCUGCACCAGACUCUUGUUCGUAUAAUAUUAUGUUGGCUUGUCAUUUGCACAAUUUGGAUGUUGAUGCUGCUUUGAAAUUCUUUCAUAAGAUGCCGGUUAAGGACACGGCGUCCUGGAAUACUAUGAUGUCGGGUUUUGCUGAAAACGGGAAGAUGAGGGAAGCUCGUGAGCUGUUUUCGGUGAUGCCAGAGAAGAACAGUGUCUCGUGGAGUGCAAUGAUUUCGGGGUAUGUGAAAUGUGGGGAUUUGGACAUGGCUGUGGAGUUGUUUGAGGUGGCACCGGUUAAGAGUGUUGUGGCGUGGACUGCUAUGGUUACAGGGUAUAUGAAGUUUGGGAAGAUUGAAUUGGCCGAGAAAUUGUUUAGAGAUAUGCCAGUGAAAAAUUUAGUAUCUUGGAAUGCUAUGAUAUCAGGUUAUGUUGAAAAUUGUCGAGCUGAAGAGGGUUUGAAAAUUUUUAGGUCAAUGAUCGGAUAUGGGGUUAGGCCAAACCCGUCAAGUUUGAGUAGUGUUCUACUGGGUUGCAGUAACCUAUCAGCAUUGAAGAUGGGUAAGCAAGUGCAUCAGCUGGUUUAUAAAUUUCAGUUAUAUAAUGAUACAACUGCAGGGACCUCUUUGGUUAGCAUGUAUUGUAAGUGUGGUAAUUUGGAGGAUGCUUGGAAAUUGUUCAUUGACAUGGAACGAAAGGACGUUGUUACUUGGAAUGCAAUGGUUGCUGGUUAUGCUCAGCAUGGAGCAGGUCUUAAAGCUCUGCAGUUGUUUGAUCAGAUGAGGAAUGAGGGAAAAGAGCCAGAUUGGAUAACGUUUGUUGCUGUGUUAAUGGCUUGCAACCAUGCAGGAUUAGUGGAUCUUGGGGUUCGGUAUUUUGAUUCAAUGGCAAGGGAUUACGGAGUUGAAGCAAAGCCAGACCACUAUACGUGUAUGGUAGACCUUCUUGGUCGAGCUGGUAAGCUAGUUGAAGCUGUGGAUCUGAUUAAGAAAAUGCCAUUUGAACCACAUUCUGCCAUUUUUGGAACUCUUUUGGGUGCUUGUCGGAUCCACAAGAACUUAGAGCUAGCUGAGUUUGCUGCCAAGAAAUUGCUCGAUCUUGAUCCAGCGAGUGCAGCUGCAUAUGUUCAACUUGCUAAUGUUUAUGCUGCAACAAACAGAUGGGACCAUGUUGCGAAGGUCAGGCGAUUGAUGAAAGAAAAUAGGGUAGUGAAGACACCUGGGUAUAGUUGGAUUGAGGUGCAGAGUGUAGUGCAUGAGUUCAGAUCAGGUGAUAGAGCACAUCCAGAGUUGCCAUCUAUACACGAAAAACUAUUUGAGCUCGAUCGCAAAAUGAAGUUGGCAGGCUAUGUUCCAGAUCUUGAAUUUGCAUUACAUGAUGUCGGGGAAGAGCAGAAACAGCAACUUCUGUUAUGGCACAGUGAAAAACUAGCAAUUGCAUUCGGGCUUAUAAAAGUGCCGUUAGGAAGCCCUAUUCGCAUCUUCAAAAACUUGAGAAUAUGCGGGGAUUGCCAUCGUGCCACCAAGUAUGUAUCAGCAAUUGAAAAAAGGGAAAUAAUAGUUAGAGAUACCACAAGGUUUCAUCAUUUCAGAAAUGGGGUUUGUUCUUGUGGAGAUUACUGGUAAAGGUGCAAAAAUCGGUAGGCUCCAAUGCUAGUUUUCCCUGCAGUGUUCCAGUUGACCAGCGGUGCUUGGUGGGCAAGCAAAGCAGUACUCCCAUGGAUGUCUCAAAGGGAUAAUGAGGGUCAUAGCAAUCUGCUCAACGAAAUCACUACACAUACUUCAGGCAAAACUCCACACAUCUACACGUAAUAGACUGUCUUGCGACCUCUGCUCGGAGUCCUUUCUGAAUCCGACACCCCAGAUGACACCGUCCGAGCUUACACUGCCGUUUGAAGUUUUGUGACUCGCACAAGCUUAGGAAGGAUUUUCUGAGACCUACGAACUCCAUGCCAACCUUCUUUGUUCUGUAGAAUGAGAGUGCAGAUUAAAUUCACAAGAAUAUAUUCUCUCUUUUCGUUUUCUUUUUAUUUAAUGAGGAAGCGGUUUAAACCCUACAACCUGACGACUGAAGAGAGAUACCACUAGACAAAAAACUAGUUAGUAUUCUAGUUGGUAUUCGAUCGAACAUGGACGGAAGAGGUUUGUUGAGUCAUUACAGUUGGCACUGGAGGACAAUAUUUGUCAAAAAGGGAGAUAUAAUCCAUGCCGUACUAAACUCAUAUCGAUCGCAAUGCAGUUGCUGAAAUAAUGGAAAAUAAAUAAUGCAUCUUUCACAUUUAGGGGAACAGAACAAGGCAAAUACUUCUAUUCACCAAUAUUCCUAAUUUGUACAAAGUUUUCGAAAACAAAUACAUUAAAAGAAUGGAAGCUUUAACAAAGUGCUGACAACUGACAAGAAGAGAAUCACGACGAAUAAUCAUCUUCAUAUCAUAACGUUAAGAUGAAACAACUAGUUUUACAUGCCACGAGGAACACUGGAUAUACUCAUCAUUCCCCCACCCCACCAAUUAUAUUCCUCCCCCCCCCCCCC